AUGGAGUCGCUUCAGUUUCCCAAAUAUCUUCUUUUCGUCAUCCUUUUUUCACUCUACAAUACUUCCAUCGCUCAAUAUGAAGAGGAAAGGGAUGCUCUAUAUGCUCUCAAGCACACUUUCAAUGAUCCAUUCUUAAAUGAUAACUGGAAUGGCCUUCAAUGCUAUGAAAACACCUCUUUCUGGUAUGGUAUUCAGUGCACAAAUUGCCGUGUUACUGCAAUAUUAUUGGAAAGUAGGGGCUUAUCGGGCAAAAUAAAUGCCGAUGCAUCAAUCCUAGGAUUCGACCAAACCAGUUUAACAUCAUUCAAUGUCUCCAACAACAGUAUAACCGGUCCGAUUCCGGUAACUGACACACUAAGAUCGUUCAGCUCUGCUUCGUACUCCAGCAAUGGCCCCUAUAUGUGUGAUGAUUCAUCGAAUUCCAGUAGCGGUUGUUAUUUUAGUGAAAACGAAACAGCGGGAGGAGGAGGCUCCAAAAAGGAAUCUGUUUCCACUAUAUUUAUAGUUUUCGAUGUGCUUGGCUUACUCGCUGGGAUUUUGCUUCUAUUUCUUUACUGUAAAAAGUCCAGGCAGCUAAAGAAGCUGAUUCAAAAAUACCAGCUUGAAGAAAAAGAUGAAGACGAUUUAGAGAUGGAAAGGGUGAGUAAUUUUCAUUACAAUGAAAGUAAAGAUGAAAGCGUUAUUAUUCCUGCAGAAGUGAAUAAUAGAUCUGUUACAAAUGAAGAGAAGGGGAAACUUAUAUUCAUGGGGGACGAAGACCAAGCAGGUUUUGAUUUGAACGACCUGUUGAGAGCUUCUGCUGAAGGAUUGGGUAAAGGGCUUUUCGGUAAUAGUUAUAAAGCUACAUUGGAUGGCAGACCGUCUGUUGUGGUGAAACGCUUGAGGGAUUUAAAACCAUUGAGCUACGAUGAGUUCACGAAGGUGGUACAGAUAAUUACAGACCAAAAGCAUCCCAAUUUGCUUCCUUUGCUCGCUUACUAUUAUUCCAAUGAUGAGAAGCUGUUCCUUUACAGAUAUGCCAUGAAUGGAAACCUCUUCAACCGCCUUCAUGGAGGGAGAGGAACAAGGGACCGGAUUUCAUUGAGAUGGAACUCGAGAUUAGCCAUUGCUCGAGGGGUGGCUCGAGCAAUGGAAUAUCUUCACCUCAAUCCCAACUCCUCCAAAUGUAUUGUUCCUCACGGAAACCUGAAACCGUCCAACAUUCUCCUCGAUGAAAACGACAACGUUCUCAUCUCCGAUUACGGUCUGGAUUCACUCGUAGCCGUUCCCAUCGCAGCACAACGACUGGUGGCAUUCAAGUCACCGGAAUACCAGCACUCGAAACGCAUUUCAAUGAAAUCCGACGUGUGGAGUUACGGUUGCUUUCUUCUGGAACUACUAACAGGAAGACUAUCAGCUCACUCAGCACCACCAGGGAUCAAUGGGGUGGAUCUUUGCAGUUGGGUUCAUCGAGCUGUUAGAGAAGAAUGGACAGCUGAAAUAUUCGAUAUUGAGAUAUCGGUGCAACGAAGUGCGGCUCCCGGAAUGCUGAAGCUGCUGCAGAUUGCGAUACGUUGUUGCGAUAAGAUACCGGAGAAACGGCCGGAAAUGACGGAAAUUGUGAGGGAAAUAGAUAGCAUCAAAGCCGUUGAUUCAGACGAUUCAGAUGAAUUAUCUGCGGAUCAAUCGUUAACAGAUGAAUCUUUCUCGGCUAAUGCUUGACAGUACUUGUGGUUGGCGAUGGGAGAAGCUGGUAAUAUUUUGAAACUGUGGGGGCUUCAAAGUUUGCAAGAAUCUGUCGUUAUGAAUCAGAGAAUCCAAUCAUGGUAUCGGAAAAUCGAGCUUUCAAAGUCUCCUUUUUGGCAAUUUUCUAUGUUUGUAUGUUGAUUCUUUUCGGAUUUUCUUUUGCUGUAAUAAAAUUAUUAGAGUUGUUUUAUUGUGUAAUAUUUAGGUUAAAUUCUAUUAUUGGUCUGUAAUCUGUAAGAUACAUGAAUUUUAUUCCUCACUUUAAUUUAGUUAUUU